AUGUUUUUGAAGAAGGCAUUGUUACUUGCUUUUUGCAGUGCUGAAUCCAUCCGCCUUUUAGGUUUUGUUAUAUCAAAACCACAUGAAUUUGAUAAUGGUUUCCAAGUUGAUUGGCCACUGUUAAAAUGUGUCACUCUCAUCUUUCAAUCCCUUGUUCUUUUUUCAAUUGCAUUAAUGAACAUAUCUCUGGCAUUUUUCCUUGCUGCUACAAUUAUUCCAGUUUCAGUCAUUGUACAACCUGUGUCAAAUAAGUUGCUCCGGUGUUUGCAGUCAGUGUUAUUGCUACUAGUCUCACCACCUGUCCUCAUAUAUUUGGCUUCUAUUGUUUCAGUAAUAGAUGAGCAGAGACCAGAUUCUGUGAUUGAUAUAUUUAUUAAUGCUUGGUCUUUGCUUAAAGAUACUGUUUUAUUAAGUAUUCUAGACUAUUCACUGCUCUCUUGUUGGACAUAUCCAGUAUUUUGCUUUGCUAUCUAUCCAAACUGGAUAAUGUUGUGGGGUGUAUCUCACAUGAGACUUGAAAGCGACAGCACUUUAUUCCGUUUCAGUUAAAUCAAUUUUUUUUUUUUUUGUAUUUUAUUUAUUCAUUUUCAUGUCAAAGAGGAACAGUGGCUGUGAAUUUCAGCUGCUAGACUACAGACUAGAUGGUCAUGAGUUCAAAUCUUACUACUGUUAGUUUUACUACAGCCAUUGAAUGGUACUUCUGAACAUGGCACAUAAAUCCAGUCUCUGUUAUUUCUGAAUGACAUAAAACAAAGUCUGUUCCUAUUUCACUGUUGAGUUGUUAGCAGCAACCUACUUCUGUAAUAACUGCUCCUGCAAUGAACACAUGGGAAAAAAAAUUAAUGUAAAACUU